AGCCUGAGCUGGCCAUUCGUACCGCGAGCAGACGACGCGAGGCCAGCCGCAGCCAGCCUGUUUGAGGGAGCGGCAUAUCGACUGACCGGGCUUUCAUUCUGUUUUCUCAGCGAUCUUGCAUGUUUUAUCAGUGCCAGUGCUGUGCGCGGUGCUAGAACUGUAGGAAACGUACUCCAGUCACUGAAAAAUAACGAUGGCUGAUUUCGCCGUAGGCACGUGGAAUCUAAUUCACACGGAAAACUUCGACGAGUAUAUGAAAGCAGUUGGUGUAGGAAUGGUCAUGCGAAAAAUGGGAGGAGCAUUGAAGCCAACGCAAGAGAUCAAGGUCGAAGGAAAUAAGUGGCACAUUAAAACUAUUUCAACCUUCAAAACCACAGAGAUCGAAUUUACUCUGAAUACACCUUUUGAAGAAACCACCAUGGAUGGUCGAAAAGUAAAGACAACGUGCACUUUAGAAGGCCAGAAACUAACGCAGGAUCAGAAAGGGGACCCCGACUCCCUCAUUACAAGGGACUUUGAUGGAAAUACGAUGACUAUGAGACUGACAGCAAAAGGAGUAACAUGCACUCGUACAUAUCAAAAGGCCGAGUAAGGAAAUGAUAGCCACCAGACUGCACUACAUUCCUCUUGCUUGAAUUGUCAGUCUGUCUGCAUGGUCCAGUCAUCGCCAUAAGCCAUACUUAAAGCACCGAAAAAAAAAGAUUUACUUUAGAAUGUUUGAAUGUGCAUUAUCAUUAUGUUAUACUAUUACAGAAUUGUAGGGUGGGGGUGUUACAAGUUUUGUUACAAGUUUUACAGCUGCAAGCAUGUGUUAUUGUGAAAGAAAAUACAAUUACAGAGAAAUAAAAGAUAUACAUGUAUAUAUAUUCUUUCAACACUUUUAAUGUUUUGGUUCAAGAGUUUUAAGCUAUUAUUUAAUGCCAGUAAGGCCAGUGUCUUUUUGCAGGUAGUGUGAUCAGUUAUCAUAUAUUUUCUACCCUGAAAAAUGCUUUUGAUUUGAAUGGGCUUGAAAUUAUAAAAGAUAAAUAUGGAAAUUUGGAUUUGUGGCUGCCUACUUAUCAUUGAUACAUAUCUUCUUUUCCAAUCCUUUAAUAAAUUUGUGUUAACUGCUGCUGUUUACCCUACAUUGAACUGCUUAUACCAUUCAUGAUAUUUUAUGCCAUCAUAAUGUAAGGUACCAGAGUGUACUGAUGUGUGAUCACAUUGUUUAGUAAGAUUGGUGUUUAAUGAAAAGUAUGUAUUGCUGAAUUACUGAAAAAGAGAGGCAGCUGGCAUUCAUUUUCAGGCAGUUAUACCAUGAAGUAAAUGCCACAUUCUGACUUCAUCUCAGCAUUUCCAUGGGGCUGGGUAGGAAGGGGAGCAGUUGAAAUCCAUUUUUUUUCUUUUUAUCGCCAUUUGUUUAUUUUUUUCAAAUACCCACAUUUUCAUUGCAGAUGCACUUUUGAUAUUGCAUUUGCUAAUACUGUUAACUUCUUUAACUUGUUAUCAAGAGGCUGCAUUGUUUGUUCCUGAUUUCCAUUUAGCUGUAUUUUUGCAUUUGUCACCACACUUACUUGCCUGCUGACCACACACUCUUCUUCAGCAUCUAGUCAACUCUCUCUUCAGCUCAUAUGUAUGUAGCACAUUUAUGUGAACAUGUUUAUUAAAUUUUGUUUAGUUUAACCUAUUUUCAGAUAUACACAAUAGCAGAAUGAUAGCGGGAGUGUGGGUUUGUCUUAAGCUUUGUUAACAAGUGUUUUUGUUUCUUUUUUAAUUGCUAGAUUACCUACCUAUCGUGCAGCGUUUUUUUUUUUUUAUUUUUUGGUCUACUUUUAUCCUCCCCUUCCAUAUGUUAUUACUUGUGGUGAUUGCAGAUUGGAAUGUAUUGGUGGGGAACAGUUUAAUGAUGAAAAAUAUCAAAAGCAUCUUUAUCAUAAUAAAUAUUGUUUUAUUUAUCUGCUGAUUUCUAGUGCUUGAGUGGCAAAAAAAAGAAAAAUAAAUAAAUAAAGGGAAUGAUUUCUAGCAUUA